GUCCCAAAAUGGCCGACUUCUUCAAUUACCCUCUCGGCGGUGACUCUUGCCUCAAUCUAUGGUCUAACGAGGCGCUCUAGUCAACAAGGCGAACUCGACUGCAGACCCCUGUCUGAUAUUUCUGCCUCUGCCCAUGACAUCAAAGAGAAAAAUUGUCAAAUGUGGCGGUGUACGGUAGAGGGCGCUAUGAUGACUCGUAGGCCGUGACGCUGCUCUUGCUGCAGCAACGGGGAGGGAGCGAGGAGUGACUCGCAGCGUGCGCGCUCUCGGUGCCGUUGCGGUACUUGGUGUUUUCGCGCUUGUCUCCCCCCCCCCCCCCCUCCCCACGAUUCUUCUUCAAACCUUCCCGCAACGGCGGCGGUUUGUUGAAGAAGAAUGUUCCGCAAGGCACGGCGCGUGAAUGUGCGGAAGCGGAACGAGUCCGAGGACGACGACGAAGAGCGAGAUGAAGCGUUACCGUCGCAGCUGCUGCCGCCGCCGCCGCCGCCGCCAGGAGGUGAUGGGCCUGCGGCAGAGCCUGAGCUGCCAGCCCCUAAGCCCCCGCUGCUGCCUCUUCCGAUCGGUUGCGUCCCUCUGGUCUCCCCUCCUCCUCCUCCUCCGCCCCCUCCUCCGGCUGUCCCUCUCCCGCCGCCGCCGCCGCCUUCGCAGCAGCUGCCAUUGGGAAACAACGGGCACGUGCCUGCGGUUUCUAAGCCGAAGGAGCGGAAAAGGGGCAAAGAAUCGGGAGCCCCGCCUGGGAUGCCCCGCGGAAGCCGCAACCUGCUCAGCUUCCAGGAUGAGGAAGAGGAAACGGAAGUUUUUAAAGUGAAGAAAUCAAGUUACAGCAAAAAGAUAGUAAAGCUGCUUAAGAAAGAAUAUAAAGAAGAUCUUGAAAAAUCAAAGACAAAACCAGAAACAAAUUCUUCAGCAGAUGAUGAACAAAUUGCAGACAAACUAGGACUUUUUAAAGAUACAGUUCAGGAAGAUGGGGCUACAAAUAGUGAACAAGGAGAAGAAGAAAUGGAAGUUGAAAGUGAGAAGGAAGAAGAAAAAGCAAAAGCUGCAGGAGCAUUUUCCACUGCCUUGUCAUCUCUAAAUGUUCUUCGUCCAGGAGAAAUUCCAGAUGCUGCUUUUAUUCAUGCUGCUAGGAAAAAGCGCCAAAUGGCUCGUGAACUUGGUGACUUUCUUCCCCUUGAUAAUGAUCCUGGUAAAGGGCGUCUUGUGAGAGAAGAUGAAAACGAUGCCAGUGAUGAUGAGGAUGAUGAUGAGAAGCGAAGAAUAGUUUUUUCAGUGAAAGAGAAAUCCCAGAGACAAAAGAUUGCAGAGGAAAUAGGUAUUGAGGGAAGUGAUGAUGAAGCUCUGAUUGCUGGAGAACAGGAUGAAGAAUUAAGCCGGUGGGAGCAAGAACAGAUAAGGAAAGGCAUUAAUAUACCUCAGGUUCAAGCAAGUCAGCCUGCUGAAAUGAAUAAUCUCUACUACCAGAAUGCUUACCAGACAAUGCCUUAUGGUUCAUCUUAUGGCAUGCCUUACACAUAUGCUGCAUAUGGAUCAGAGACAAAGUCUCAAAAAACAGAUAACAUAAUAUCUUUCAAAACCCCCAGUAAUGAGAUGGCUCCUGUUACUAUUGAUUUGGUAAAGAAACAGUUUAAAGACAGAUUGGAGUCACUGAAAGAAUUUCACAAAGCGAAUCAAGAACAACACGAGAGGCAUCAGCAAAACCGUGAUGAUUCUACCAAGAUAAUUGAAAGAUUAGAAGGGUCUUCUGGGGGUAUUGGUGAACGGUAUAAAUUUCUGCAAGAAAUGCGAGGGUAUGUCCAAGACUUGCUUGAGUGUUUCAGUGAAAAGGUGCUCCUGAUUAACGAACUUGAAACAGCAAUGCACCAGCUGUACAAACAGCGCGCCUCCCGCCUUGUCCAAAGACGACAAGAUGAUAUUAAAGAUGAAUCUUCGGAGUUUUCAAGCCAUUCAAAUAAAGCAUUGAUGGCACCAAACCUUGAUUCUUUUGGGCGAGAUAGAACCCUUUACCAAGAACAUGUAAAAAGACGGACUGCAGAAAGGGAAGCUAGAAGAGCUCGUCGUAGACUUGCCAGAGAGCAGUCUGGGAAAAUGGCUGAUCACCUUGAGGGUCUUUCUAGUGAUGAUGAAGAAACCUCAACAGACACAACAAACUUCAACAUGGAACGAGAUCGCAUUUUGAAGGAGUCAAGCAAAGUUUUUGAGGAUGUAUUAGAAAACUUUUCCUCCAUUGAUUAUAUUAAGUCACAAUUUGAAGCCUGGCGUUCUAAGUAUUUGUCUUCAUAUAAGGAUGCUUAUAUUGGCCUUUGCUUACCCAAGCUGUUAAAUCCUUUAAUAAGACUUCAGUUACUUACCUGGAAUCCUUUGGAGGACAAAUGUCAAGAUUUUGAAAGCAUGCUAUGGUUUGAAUCCCUGCUAUUUUAUGGAUGUGAAGAAUAUGAUCAGGAAAAAGAUGAUGCUGAUGUUUCACUGUUGCCUACUAUUGUUGAAAGAGUGGUUUUACCAAAAUUAACAGUGCUGGCUGAAAAUGUAUGGGACCCCUUUUCUACAACCCAAACAUCCAGGAUGAUUGCUAUUACCCAGAAACUAAUUAAUGGAUAUCCUACAGUAGCACAUGCAGAAAACAAAAAUACACAGGUGACAAAAAAAUUGCUUAACUUUUUUGGAUUCAUGACUUUCUAUAUAUUGCUUCAAUUACUAGUAUUGAAUUAUAAUUUUCAUGAUAGGGAACAUAUAAAACAGAUAAUAAAACUUCUAUCAAGUAUUCGAGCACUGGACCAUGCUUUUACAGUAGCAAAUGAUCAUAAUGUAAAAGAGUUAAAGAACUUAAGUGAUGGGAAAUAAAAUUGUGUCAAUUAAUUCUAUAAUAUAAAAUCAUUCCUGAAUUGUAAUUUUGUACAUAUGUAAAGUUUUCUUAAAUUGUAAAAGGUUGUUUUUAAGACAAAGUGCAUUCUUAAAUACAUCGUGUGUAAUAGUGUUGAUGAAAAGUGAAAGCCAAGAUUUUUCACAUGCAUUUUGUUUACAAAAACUUUUAUAUCCCAUGAUGGCCAUCUGUUCAAUUAAUUUCAGAGUAGGAAAGAAAUUCUUUAUGAUAAAAUGAAUAGAUGAUUUCAGAUAUUUAUACCUCCGUGGUUACGUGUUUGAAAUGAUACCUUUUGAAGUAAAUUUUUGUUGCUGAAAUUGGUCACAACUGCAUAAUAUGUAUGGCCUUGUGAGAGUAAACAAGCUUCUCAAAUAAUGUUGUUAAAAAUAUACAUAUUGAUCAUAAAGUAAUAUUCUUAAAUUUUAGAUUAAAAAAACCCUGCAGUCACAGUUUCAGUUUCCCAAAUAAAUUAUAUUUCAGGUGAAAUUAUUUGUGCCAUGUAAGUUAGAUCCUUGUUUUAAGAACAACAUUCCUAAAUUGCAUUUUUCCCCCUAAUUCUUUAGAAUGCAUUUUCUCAUAACAAUUUAAAAUCCCACAAUGUCCAUAGGAUUUUAUAUCCUGUGAUCAUUCACUGAAUUUUCCAAAGUUACUUGGAUUGUUUAAAGAUUAAUCUUUUGGUUGUCAUGGCUUGCUCCUAAGUUUAGUUUGAAUUGAGAAGAACGUUGUCACUGUAGAUACCUUCCUUGAUCUUACCUUGAUAUGUAGUCCUUUGUACCUGAAAAAAGAAAUGGACUACCAAACCAUCGUACUUUAUCAUGAUCUUGUUGUGUGAUGGAAAGAAAAUAUUAAAUGUACAGUUUGCCUUUG